GACGCCCGGGGACCGGAGGCGGCACCCGGCGCUGCGCGAGAACGCAGGACGCGAAGCCCCGAAGCCGGCGGAUGCCCCUCAGAUCCCGCGACUGCGCGCGAGGUGGAGGAGAGAACAUUGAAAUUAUUCUCUAAGCUUUCUGAAGAGAGUGACUAAAUGCUCCUGGGUCAGGCUGUCUGUGGGUAUGAAGUGGUUGGGAGACUCCAAGAACAUGGUGGUGAAUGGCAGGAGAAAUGGAAGCAAGUUGUCUAAUGACCAUCAGCAGAAUCAAUCCAAAUUACAGCACGCAGGCAAGGACGCCCUGAAGACUGGCAGAAACGCUGUUGAGAGGCGGCCCAACAGAUGUCAUGGUAACUCGGGAUUUGAAGGGCAGAGUCGCUAUGUGCCAUCCUCUGGAAUGUCCGCCAAGGAGCUCUGUGAGAACGAUGACUUAGCAACCAGUUUGGUUCUUGAUCCCUAUUUAGGUUUUCAAACACACAAAAUGAACACUAGCGCCUUUCCUUCGAGGAGCUCGAGACAUAUUUCCAAAGCUGACAGUUUUUCUCACAACAACCCUAUGAGAUUUCGGCCUAUAAAAGGAAGGCAGGAAGAGCUAAAGGAAGUAAUUGAACGCUUUAAGAAAGAUGAACACUUAGAGAAAGCUUUUAAAUGUUUGACCUCAGGUGAAUGGGCACGACAUUAUUUUCUCAACAAAAACAAAAUGCAGGAGAAAUUAUUCAAAGAACAUGUCUUUAUUUACUUGCGGAUGUUUGCAACUGACAGUGGAUUUGAAAUAUUGCCUUGUAAUAGAUACUCUUCAGAACAAAAUGGAGCCAAGAUAGUUGCAACAAAAGAGUGGAAACGAAAUGACAAAAUAGAAUUACUGGUGGGUUGUAUUGCCGAACUUUCAGAAAUUGAGGAGAACAUGCUACUUAGACACGGAGAAAACGACUUCAGUGUCAUGUAUUCCACAAGGAAAAAUUGUGCUCAACUCUGGCUCGGUCCUGCUGCAUUUAUAAAUCAUGAUUGCAGACCUAACUGUAAGUUUGUGUCAACUGGCCGAGAUACAGCAUGUGUUAAGGCUCUGAGAGAUAUUGAACCUGGAGAAGAAAUUUCUUGUUAUUAUGGAGAUGGGUUUUUUGGAGAAAAUAAUGAGUUCUGCGAAUGUUACACUUGCGAAAGACGGGGAACUGGUGCUUUUAAAUCACGAGUAGGACUGCCUGCGCCUGCUCCUGUUAUCAAUAGCAAAUACGGACUUAGAGAAACAGAUAAACGCUUAAAUAGGCUUAAAAAGUUAGGUGACAGCAGCAAAAGCUCAGACAGUCAGUCUGUCAGCUCUAAUACAGACGCAGACACCACUCAGGAAAAAGACAAUGCAAGUAAGUAA